AUGUACACCACUGCUUCCAUCAUAAUCGUAUGUCUGGCUGCGUCAUUCUCUCGUGGAGAGGAUUCGACGGUUAAAGAGUUAGAUCCACCCUCCCUGGCACAGCUGAAACCUCUUUCGAAGGUGAGUAACGACACGUGGCUCAUUCUCUUCUACGCGCCAUGGUGCCCCUUCUCCAAGAAAUUUGCUCCCAUCUUCGACGAGGCUGCGAAAACUCUUCCCGGAAUUCACCCACAACUUCAUCUAGUCAAAAUCGACGCUAGCACGCACAUUAAGAAUCUGAUGGGCUACCGAAUAAGCAGUUAUCCAACAGUGAUGUACUUGACUAACGGCCAAGAACAUGAAUACGAAGGUGAACAGACCGUGCAAGACAUUAAUGAUUUCAUCAAAAAAUUCCACCUUUAA